AUGAGGUUUCCCCAGCUGUGUCGCGUACAACAGCGGAUAUGGCUCUCGCGCAGAAGCUACCAAUUGGCGCCGAUCUCAGGCUGGGCAACCAAGCUGCACCACCCUCGACGAUCAGCAGCCCUCUGCCGUGGUAGCCGACCUGUGGGCCUGAGCAGAACAGGACAGCGAUUCCCGCGGACUUUCUUUUCGUUCAGUAAAGAGCAGCAACAGCAGCAAACUUCCGAUAAAGGUAUCCUCGCCCGAAGCGCGCCGGUAGUUCUGGUUCUCGGUGGCUUACUUAUAUACACCGUCUAUCCAGGCGAUGAAUUAGACCAGGCCCGCCCCUCACGCGAAACCAAAAAGCGCUUGGAGAAGGCGCAAGGUCAGGAUGGUUGGCCUCCAUCAUCAAGUGCCUGGUCGAGCUUUACCAGCAAGUUCAAAGAUUUCUCGACGGUAACGGAUAUUGAAUGGUCGGCUCUUUCGGAUCGCAUGGUUGAAUUGAUCCUGCCGGAGUGGUCAAAAACAAUUCCAAUCUACCUUCGCAAAUUGCAGCGCGAACUUUCCUUGGCUCCUGGCUCCCUGGCUGACGAGAUAUGGAAUGAGGCUCAUGACCCCUUUAUUCAUCCGGAAAUUCGAUACAAGGCCAAGGUUCGUGUUUCAGACGAGAUCUGUGAUGAAGAGAAGGAAUUUUUAGCUCGCCGGAAAAAGGUUGCGACAAUGGCAUUGGCCCGCUAUCUGGGCCUCAAAGAAGAAGAUGUGCACCCAGAUGAUGUGCCGACCAUAGCCAUGUGUGGUUCUGGAGGCGGCUUGAGAGCACUCGUUGCUGGCACGGGCUCAAUGCUUGCCACUCAAGAAGACGGCCUCUUCGAUUGUGUGACUUACACAUCUGGCGUUAGCGGUUCUUGCUGGCUCCAAGCGUUAUACCACUCUACUUUCACUGAACACCGGCUGGAAAAUGUCAUUGACCACCUGAAGGCUCGUUUGGGCGUUCACAUUGCGUACCCUCCCGCUGCCUUUUCUUCGGUCCUUACUGCACCCACAAACAAAAUGCUUCUUGCAAGCAUGGUCGAAAAAUUGAAAGGCGACCCCAACGCGGACUUUGGUCUUGUCGAUGUUUACGGCAUUUUACUGGCGGCAAGGCUUCUUGUGCCAAAAGGUGAAUUGGGAGUCAGCGAACGCGAUUUUAAGCUCUCAAACCAGCGAGAGUACAUCAAAUACGGACAAAACCCGUUGCCGAUAUAUACUGCGGUUCGGCAUGAAAUUCCCGACAUUGACGGCGUUGCCUCAGCGAGACCAGGUGACACGCCUUCAGAAGACGCUAAAGAAAUUGCCAAACAGGAAGCUUGGUUCCAAUGGUUCGAGAUGACGCCGUAUGAGUUCUUUUGUGAGGAGUUCGGUGCAGGCAUACCAACAUGGGCUAUGGGCCGAAACUUCAAAGACGGAGCAGAUGUGCCGCCCGAGAGCGGGUUUCAUCUUCCUGAACUACGGAUGCCGCUCCUCAUGGGCAUUUAUGGGUCCGCAUUCUGCGCAACGUUGAGUCACUAUUACCGAGAGAUUCGUCCUUUAGUUAGGAGUCUUACAGGAUUCAGCGCCAUUGACGAGAUGGUACAUGGUCGCAGCGAUGAUCUCUCUAAGGUGCACCCUAUCGAUCCUGCUCAAAUCCCCAAUUUCGUUUACGGAAUGGAUGAUCAACUCCGCUACACAACGCCAACAGCCAUUGCCAAGACGCCGUAUAUACAACUAAUGGACGCUGGAAUGUCCAACAACCUUCCUAUCUAUCCAUUACUUCGGCCAGGACGUGACGUCGACGUUAUGAUUGCAUUUGAUGCAUCUGCAGACAUCAGGACGGAUAAUUGGUUGUCUGUAACCGAUGGCUAUUGUCGCCAGCGUGGCAUUAAAGGUUGGCCUGUUGGUAUAGGUUGGCCAAAGGCUGGUGAAACACCCAAGCAAAUUGAGCAAGAACUAGAAGCUGCGCAAGCCGAUUCCACCGCCGAGGCAGAUUCCAAGCUGCGCAAAGCGAAGCAUGCUGAUGAAACUGGGCACGCGACAGAUCCCGCCGACCAGAAAAACAAAGCUGAACAUGAUCAGUCACACCCCGAAGAUUCGGACCUCGGAUAUUGUACCAUCUGGGUCGGAACGACGGAGGAGCGUGGCUCAGAGCCCCCUCCGCCCAGCAAAGCACUGGAUGAGUCCAGCAGUUGGCAGCUUAUGCACCAGGAUGCUGGCAUUGCCGUAGUCUAUUUGCCAUUCAUGGCUAAUCCCAAGGUUGAUGGGGUCGAUCCGGCGAAAAGCGACUACAUGAGCACGUGGAAUUUCGUUUACACUCCAGAGCAAGUCGACAAGGUGGUCGAGUUAGCGCGAGCUAAUUAUGACGAAGGUAAGGAACAAAUACGCGGUUGCAUAAGAGCUGUGUACGAACGCCGAAGGAAGACAAGAGAGAAAAGGGAAGCAGGGUUGAAGAAGGAGAAGAAAAGAAGAGCGAGAAGGUUAGGAGUUGAUGGGAAACUAGGCGAGGGUGAUCACUUCAGUUGA